CUUCCCCUUCACCUUCAACGAACGUUUACCAAAUCACUCACUCUCUCUCUCUUUCACACACACACACACACACACACAAGUCCAACACCGCUAUAAUCAAUUUCUUCCAGACGGAUUCCUACACUCUGUGUAUCGUCUUCAUCAGCAUCUUUCACAGGCUUCAAAUCGACUAAAAGCGUCGAGUUUUGUUCGGCAUCUGAAGGAUUUUUACAAGUAUAUCGGGUACUAAUUGGAGCACAAGUUUUGAAGAUACCCGAACACAAUCAGUGAAUACACAAUUUUGUGAAGUAACAUUAUGGCUUCAAGUUCUGAAAUAGGGCUUGCAGCUACCAUAAACAUCCUCACUGCAUUUGCAUUUUUGGUAGCAUUUGCCAUACUUCGGAUUCAACCUAUAAACGAUAGAGUGUAUUUUCCAAAAUGGUAUCUAAGGGGAUUAAGGAGCAAUCCACUUCAAUCAGGUGCAUUUGUGCAGAAGUUUGUAAACUUAGACUUCAGAUCAUACUUGAAGUUCCUCAAUUGGAUGCCUGCUGCAUUACGUAUGCCUGAGCCUGAGCUUAUCGAUCAUGCCGGAUUAGACUCUGUUCUUUACUUGAGAAUUUACUUGACAGGGUAUUCUUCCACUUCACCUUACUUUGUUUAUAACUUUUACCAGAUGCAAUUAAGAAUACUGAUUAGUGUUCUUGAUUUGUUGUUCAUAAUUGAUAUCAGAUUGAAGAUCUUUGUUCCAAUAGCAUGCCUUGCUUUCUCAGUUAUGGUUCCAGUCAAUUUCACCAAUCGAACUUUGGAGGAAUCUAAAUUAACAUAUAGUGACAUAGACAAGCUUUCAAUAUCCAACAUUCCCACUGGAUCAAACAGAUUCUUUACACAUAUAGUCAUGGCAUAUGCCUUUACCUUUUGGACAUGUUAUAUUUUAAAAAGAGAAUAUGAGAUAGUUGCAUCAAUGAGGUUGCAUUUUAUCGCAUCAGAAAACCGAAGACCCGAUCAAUUUACAGUGCUAGUUAGAAAUGUCCCUCCUGACCCUGAUGAAUCGGUCAACGAACUCGUGGAACACUUUUUUCUAGUCAACCAUCCUGAUCACUAUCUAUCUCAUCAGGUUGUUUAUGAUGCAAACUUGCUCUCUGAUUUGGUAAACGAGAAGAAAACAAAGCAAAAUUGGCUUGAUUACUAUCAACUUAAAUAUAAUAGAAAUAACCAGUCAAAAAGACCAUCAGUAAAGACUGGUUAUCUUGGUUUGUGGGGAAAGAGAGUGGAUGCUAUCGACUUUUACGAAUCUGAAGUCGAGAAACUAUCGAAAAAGAUAUUCAAAGAGAGGGAAAAAAUCACUCAAAGCUCGAAACAUGUUAUGGCAGCUGCAUUCGUCUCGUUUAAAACACGAUGGGGAGCUGCGGUUUGUGCACAAACCGAACAAUCCAGGAAUCCGACGAUUUGGUUAACGGAAUGGGCGCCUGAACCUCGCGAUGUUUAUUGGGAUAAUCUCGCGAUUCCAUUCGUUUCACUCACGAUUCGAAGGCUUGUAAUCGCUGUCGCCUUUUUCUUCCUUACUUUCUUCUUCAUGAUUCCGAUUGCAUUCGUUCAAUCGCUAGCUAAUAUCGAUGGAAUCGUCAAAGCCGCUCCCUUCUUGCAUGAUCUUCUCGAAUUGGAGUUUAUCAAGUCUUUGAUCCAAGGUGUUCUUCCUGGAAUCGCUUUGAAGAUCUUCCUCAUUGUUCUUCCUUCGAUCCUCAUGAUGAUGUCUAAAUUUGAAGGAUUCACAUCCAUUUCAGCUCUCGAGAGAAGAUCCGCAACUCGAUAUUACAUUUUUCAAUUCAUCAACGUCUUCCUUGGAAGCAUAAUCACCGGAACUGCAUUUCAACAGCUAAACACCUUCAUCCACCAAUCUGCAAACACGAUCCCAGCUACAAUCGGGGCAUCGAUACCGAUGAAGGCGACCUUCUUCAUAACUUACAUAAUGGUAGACGGAUGGGCGGGAGUUGCAGGAGAGAUUUUAAGAUUAAAACCGCUGAUAUUUUAUCACUUGAAGAAUUUUUUGUUAGUGAAAACUGAAAAAGAUAGAGAAGAAGCAAUGAAUCCAGGGAGUUUACCUUUCAACACCGGUGAACCUCAAAUCCAGCUUUAUUACUUACUCGGCCUUGUUUAUGCUUCUGUCACCCCAAUUCUUCUUCCUUUCAUAGUCGUCUUCUUUGCCUUAGCCUACGUUGUAUAUCGUCAUCAGAUUAUAAAUGUAUAUAAUCAACAAUACGAAAGCGCUGGAGCAUUUUGGCCAGAUGUUCAUGGGAGAAUUAUAACUGCACUGGUUGUUUCACAGCUGCUUUUAAUGGGUUUACUUAGCACAAAAGAAGCUGCUCAAUCAACCCCAUUGCUUAUUGUACUCCCUGUGUUGACACUUUGGUUUCAUAGAUUCUGUAAAGGAAGAUUUGAACCAGCUUUCGUUAGGUACCCUUUACAGGAAGCUAUGAUGAAAGACACAUUAGAAAGAGCAAGGGAGCCAAGUUUAAAUGUGAAGGAUUAUUUACAAGAUGCGUAUGUUCACCCGGUGUUUAGUAACAAAGAUAGAUGGGAUGGGAGUGAUGAUGGUGUGAGUGAUGAUGAGUGGCCGAAAGAACCGGCGCUUGUCCCUACGAAACGUGAGUCGCGGGUCAACACGCCGGUUCGGAGCCAACGGAGCGAGUCAUCGCGAACACUGUUGUGUGUUACUGAUGAAAGAUCGUGUCCGUAAGAUCGGAUUUUUAGGGUUUUGGUGGGUGGGGUGUUUGUGAAUGACUUUGAGAUGAAGCCUUUAUGUGUAUAUUGUUUUGGUUGAUCAAAAA